CAAUCCUUAACCUGACUUCCGUCGUUCUUUUCCUAACCUCGCCGUCAAAACCGAGAUGUCUGCCCUAUCUUCCGGCCGCUCGAUCGCCGGCGAGAUCGUCUGGUUUUAUCUCGUCGCCGCCUGUGUGAAGCUCCUUCUCUUUCCAUCCUAUCGCAGCACCGACUUCGAAGUCCACCGUCACUGGCUCGCUCUUACCCACUCCCUCCCUCUCGAGAAAUGGUACUCCGACGAGACCAGCCAAUGGACUCUAGACUAUCCUCCAUUCUUCGCUCACUUCGAACACUUUCUUUCAUUAUUCGCCCGUCUAAUCGAUCCUACCAUUGUCGAUCUCCACAAUGGCCUCAAUUACUCCGCCCCCUCCGUAGUAAUUUUCCAACGGAUCACUGUGAUCGUCGCCGACCUUGUCCUCCUUCUUGGAACAUAUAGAUUGACUCGAAAUUCGGACUCUUUAAAGAGAAAUCUGGUAUGGGUCAUGAUUGUUUUCUCUCCAGGCCUUUUGAUUGUCGAUCACAUUCAUUUCCAGUACAACGGAUUUCUGCUCGGCAUACUGUUACUCUCCCUGUCGUUUCUUGAAGAAGGUAAUGACUUGAUGGGGGGAUUUCUUUUUUCCGUUCUGCUUUGCUUUAAACAUUUGUUUGCCGUGGCUGCGCCGGUGUAUUUUGUCUACUUGUUUCGCCAUUAUUGCCGUGGAGGGAUCCUUAGAAGUUUUGGGAAGCUAAUGGCUAUGGGGACUUUGGUUGUUACUGUCUUCCUAGCAGCGUAUGGGCCUUUUGUGUACCAUGGACAGAUCCAACAAGUUUUACAUCGAAUGUUUCCAUUUGGUAGAGGACUUUGCCAUGCUUAUUGGGCUCCAAAUUUCUGGGUUUUCUAUAUAAUAUUAGACAAAACAUUAGCAUUCGGAUUAACAAAGCUGGGAUUCAGUUUCCAAUUUCCAGCUGCUUCAUUCACAGGAGGGCUAGUUGGAGAUUCCUCACCAUUUGCUAUUCUGCCAAUGGUGACACCUUUGGUUACGUUAGCGUUGGUCCUGCUUGCCAUAUCCCCGUGUCUUAUUAAGUGUUGGAAGAAUCCUCAGCCGAAGAUGAUUGCCAGAUGGGUAAGCUAUGCUUACACUUGUGGCUUUCUCUUUGGCUGGCAUGUUCACGAGAAAGCGUCGCUCCACUUUGUUAUCCCUCUAGCCGUUGUUGCAGUGCAAAGUGUGGACGAUGCUAAACAUUAUUUCUUAUUGUCCAUUGUAUCCACUUACUCUUUGUUUCCACUUCUUUACGAGGGCCAAGAGUAUCCCAUAAAGGUUAUGUUGCUGCUUCUACACUCUCUUCUCCUAUGGUACGGAUUUUCGUCGCAGUUUCCUGUGACAUCAACGGGGAAAGGAAAACCCGGGGGCAAGAAAACACGAGAUAAUCUAGAUGCAAAGGCCACGAAUGACCAUAGAUUCAACCUCGGGUGGAUUGAGAAAACUUAUAUGUUUGGUCUUGUGCUUGUAGAGAUUUGGUGUCAGUUUUUGCAUCCGCUAGUUUUAGGAAACAAGCUUCCUUUCCUUCCUCUUAUGAUGAUUUCUGUAUAUUGCACUUUUGGGAUGGCAUAUUCUUGGAUUUGGCAACUUAGACGAAUUAUUGAGUUGUCAUGAUUCAUAUAACUUAUACAGAAUCGACUCCACUUUAAAGUUUUAU